AUGCUAAAACAGAUAGGAGAUCUCAAUUUAGCCAUGGAAGACUCACUGAUAGAAGCUUCUGUAAGGGAAGAAGUGUAUACCUGUUUUCUAAGGGAUCUCAGUGGGGGGACAAGAAAUGAAGCUGAGGAAUUAAACUUGGGAUUCGAGUUGCUUAAUGAUAGUAAUGAUACAGAUGCUGAAAGUACAAAAUUUGAAAUUGAAGAUUUAGAGAUAGAGUGCCUCAUUAUGCAAGAAAUUUGUGGAGUGAUUUCCGGUGAAGGCAUCAAGGAGGCUAAAGACAUGCUUAAGAAACUGUAUUCGGAAUAUUUGAAUGAAAAAGACAUUCGUAUUUCUCUCGAAACAAAAGUUAUUGAGAUGGAAAACAAAUUAAAAUUCGAGGUUGAAGAGAAGGACAGACUGAAGCAACUGGUUUCUGAGCUGGAAAUAUGUGUGACUGAAAAGGAGAAUUUAGCAACAGAGGCAUCAGCUGCUCUAGCAAAAAAGAUGGGUCAAUUUGAGCAGGUGCUUCAAGAGUUAAAUGCUGUGAAAGAAUUUGCAACCCAACUAAAUAAAAGUCUUGAGGAGAAGGAGGAGGAGUUAAAUGCUGUGAAAGAAUUUGCAAAUCAACAACAAACAUUAGCUUCUGGGUGCAACAAAGAAGUAAAUGUAGUAAAGGGCCAGUUGGCAGAAGCAUUGGCGCAAAUUGAAGUAUUGAAAGAGGAGGCAGCCCAACUAAAUAAAAGUCUUGAGGAGAAGGAGGAGGAGUUAAAAGGAGCUAAUAAUUCUGAGGAGAAAAAGGGUUUCAGCCCAAAAAGGAAAAAAAGCAAAUUUGUAACUUGGGCAGCUGCAACAAACUAUUUAAGAAAAAUGCUGAGGAGAAAUAAGUAGAAACGAAAAUGGUUGUUGUCCCAGUUGCAGAACAUACUGAUCAGGCAUAGCUUCAGGGAGGGAAAUCAUGCAGCACACCUUUUGGCAAAGGAAGCUUCCAAGAUGUCCCAUCUAAAUGUUAGGAAAAACUAUGCUAUUUCACCUACUAGUGUUGUUCACCAGCUAAGUUUGGAUAAGUCUAGUACUAUGUUUUAAGUAUGUAAGUGAAGACAAUGGUAACUAUCUAGCUAGUUUGGGUAAUGAAAGUGUCCUAAGAGACACUACUGGUACUUGUAGUAUGAUUACCCCCAGGUCGGGGUCUUAGUAUUAAUAUAAUAUCUAUCCUUCCUGUUCAAAAAAAA